UGGUACAAUUAAUAGAUAUAUCGUUAUUUACUCUUCUCAUUAGUCUGUGAUCUUCUAUUUAAACGCAAUUUAACGCGUAUUGUGCGCGUAUUUCGACUAUUUCCAUUGUCGAUAUGGAAGUAAACACUGACGCUGUCAAUCUCGGCGUCGGGGAGUCUGAAGCAGAAUUAAAAGAAUUCGAAGAAAAUAAAAGUUUUGAUACAAGAAGCGAAGUAUCAAGUAGUUCUUCAGAUAGUGAUUCUAAUCCCAGUAUUAGUUCUGUCACCUCAGUAAGUUCUGCAGAUGAGAAAAAUCGCAGAUCAGGUCAUAAGAGAGGACGUUCGCCGAGCCCCGAACCACGACGUAUUCCUCAACAUAGGAGUAGUUCCAAAUCAUAUGGAUAUAUGACAAAGUUAAAUUAUUUAUUUCGUGAUACUAGGUUUUUUGUAAUUAAAAGCAAUAAUGCGGAAAAUGUUACUUUGUCGAAGGCAAAAGGGGUAUGGUCAACACUUCCUCAAAAUGAGAAUAAUCUGAAUCAGGCUUUUAGAGAAUGCAGGAACGUUUUGCUGUUGUUUUCGGUUAAAGAGAGUGGUAAAUUCGCAGGAUUUGCAAGACUUCAGUGUGAAUCUAGACGUGAUGUGACUCCAAUAUCGUGGGUUUUGCCACCUGGUAUAUCAUCAAAAGCUUUGGGAGGUGUUUUCAGAGUCGACUGGAUCUGCAGGAAAGAGUUGCCAUUCAGUUCUACAUUGCAUUUAUUUAAUCCGUGGAACGAAGGCAAACCAGUUAAAAUUGGCAGAGAUGGACAAGAAAUCGAACCCAGAGUUGCUGAAGAACUUUGUAGAUUGUUUCCACAAGAUGAAGGUAUUGAAAUGACUCCAAUCCUGCGCCGUUCAAAAGAGGCUUCAAAACGACUGCACUCUAGGAGCUACAGCACAUACCGUCAACCAUUAGGAGCCCGAUCUAAAUUUCGAGGCCGUGGACCCCCUCACUAUGCCAGAGGCCGAAAGUUGUAUCUAACGACACGACAUAACCGCGCAAGGGCUCGCAGCAUCAGCCCCUACCGCAGGGAUUCCUCUAGCAGAUAUUCAAGUCGAUAUACUAGUACAACAGCAGCUGCUGAAGCUUAUGUAGCCGAUUACAUGAGAUCUAUGCAGCAUCAAUUGCCACCUUUACCUUGUGCCCCACCACCGGGAUUUAUGUACUGGGCUCCUCCUGUGCUACACAGGUAUUACGAGGGACCCCCAUUACCAGAAUACCCAGUAGCACGCCAUAGAAGUUCUUCGAGGGAUCGUCGUAGAACUGAUCAUCGUGUGUAA